AAUUGCCUCGUGGAAGUGGCAUCUUCUCCUUGUGAUGAUGAUAGACUGCUACCUCGAGCUACGGGUACCGUAAGAUACCAGGAGGUAGCGCAGUGUACAUCGGUAGCGCAGAUAGGCCAAGAAUCUAUCCUCAUAGUUUCAAACUCGAUUCGAUUCGAUUCGAUUCGAUUCAUUCGUCAUUUGCGAGGAAAACGACAACAAACCUGCCCAUUGAUACUAUCACGUUGGCUGCCGCCAUGUCCGCAAUGUCAUCGUCAGUCUCGCUCACUGCUCUUCUGGUUCCAGCCUACAAGCAAAUGCUCAAGCAUCUCUCCGCGUGGCUGGAAAAGACUGGAGAUGAUCCCAACGAAAUGCUCGCACGUCGAUUGGCUCCCGACAUGUUUCCUUUGGAUACCCAAGUUCGAUUCGCUUGCUUCCAGGCACAGGAAGCCGUCUUUCGGCUUCAAGGAAAGCAGGUCCCUCAGGUGAUACUCGAUAUUGCCCAAGAGGGUCGGAACAACGCCGAAUCACCCGGGACAGUAGAAGAAGCCAAGGCACGCAUUCAAGAGGCAUUGGCCUUUUUGGAGGCAUUGGACGAGGAUGCGUUGGAUUCCUGUGCGCUUCAAAAGGUUACCUUGGAACUCCCCGACGGGCUGAUUUUUGACAUGACAGGGUUUCAGUACGUUCGAGAUUGGGCGCAACCGCAAUUCUACUUUCAUUUGAUGACGGCUUAUUCCAUUUUGCGAAAAAUGCUGGAGUCAAUUUGGGAAAAGCAGACUAUGUGCCUCACAUGUUUGCCUAUGCUAGGCCACCAGCUGGAUCCGGUCCGGACAAAUAAAGUGGCAAUCCAAUUUGCAGAAGCAGUACGAUUUCUACUUGCUUUUUGCUUUUCCCCAGCAUGAGGCAGACCACCACUACCGGCAUUCUAGCCAGUUAGUAAUUAACCAAUGAUUUGCAAUAGCUACAAAGCUACAGCAAAUGAACAUUUGGUGUAUUUUGGGGUUUUAAAUAUUAGAGCAAAACACGAUUAUGGACCAGGGGUAUGUCCACCAGUAG